UGGUUAAACAUAUGUUGCAUGGUGCUUUAUCUAGUCUGUCCAUUGAGAAGGGAGGACAAACACGUCUAUUCAAAAAAUACUACAUAAUCUAUGAACCACCUUAGACAGCAAAAGUAGUAGUGAAACAAUUCUGAGAAUUCAAAAGAUAUAGAAUGGACAUGGAAACCCUUCAUGCAAUGGGAGUCUAUAUAAUACAAUAUCUUCAAGAAAACUUCAUGAAUUCUCAAGACUGGUUCAUCUUUGUAUCCUUCGCAGCUGAUCUAAGAAACACCUUCUUAAUAUUUUUCCCCAUAUGGUUCCACCUGUGUGAGUCAGUUGGCAUCAAGCUUAUAUGGGUCGCUGUAAUUGGGGACUGGCUCAAUCUCGUUUUUAAGUGGAUCCUCUUUGGGCAGAGACCUUACUGGUGGGUCCAUGAAACUUCCUUCUAUGUGAAUGUCACAGCUCCGGAUAUCAAACAAUUUUCUGUAACAUGUGAGACUGGUCCAGGUAGUCCAUCAGGGCAUGCUAUGGGUUCCUCUGCUGUGUAUUAUGUGAUGGCAUGUGCUGUUCUCACUAUGCUUCUAAACAACAACUCUUCUUUCAAAAGCAAGUGUCUGCGAAUGGCACUGUGGUCACUUUUCUGGGCAGUCCAAAUUAAUGUAUGCUUGUCUAGAGUAUUUGUAGCUGCACAUUUCCCUCAUCAAGUCAUUUUUGGUGUAAUUUCAGGCAUGGCAGUGGCAGAAGUUUUCAACCAUAUCCAAAUGAUCUACAGUGCCAGUUUGAAAGAAUAUAUUUCAACAACUGUAUUCCUUUUUUCAUUUGCAUUGGGCUUCUACUUACUGCUGAAGGUUUUUGGUAUUGACCUUCUGUGGACAAUAGAGAAAGCAAAGAAAUGGUGUGCCCAGCCAGAGUGGAUCCACAUUGAUACUCAUCCUUUUGCUGGCCUGCUUAGGAACCUUGGUAUUUUCUGUGGUCUUGGGCUGGCUCUAAAUUCUCAGAUGUACAAAUACAGUUGUAGAGCUAAGCAAGGACAACCAUUCCCCUACCAAAUCAGCUGCAUUGUAGCUUCAUUGCUAAUUCUAAAUCUCUUUGACUCUUUUGAACUUCCAGCUAAAAUGGAGAUGCUCUAUUACUUUUUGUCCUUCUCUAAAAGUGUUGCUGUUUCACUGGCUACUGUUGGAAUCAUUCCUUACUUCAUAUCACAUUUUUUUUUUAUCUAUAAGAAGGACAUAUAAUGGGAGUUCACUGGUUUGGACAAAAACAGUAUAUUAUUCUUAAAAAAAAAUAAAAACUAAGACAAAGAAAAAUCCUUUUCCAAGUAGCAGAUUUCUUCAAUUUAAUUAUAUUUUUAGAAGUCAAACCUUUAUAUUAUUUAUCCAUACAAAUGCCUUUUGUUUUUUGCUUUGUUUGCAAACUAAACAUGAUGAAAUAAAAACUGUGACAUGUAUGCACAAACAAUAGCUAUAUUAAGGUAAACUAUAGGCUAGGAAUACACAAUUGUAUUCCUAGCACAAUAGUACUCUUUAGUGCCCCCCUCACUUGCGGGCCCCC